UAGUGCUAGUGCCAGUGUCUGAAGCAAUGCGGACAAGUCUACGCGCGCAACGUUCAUUCCUAUUUUCCAUAAUUGUCUGGUCUGUUGAGGUCGUAAACAGCUUCCUAGCGCCCUAUUAAUUGUGACAUGUUAAAGAAGUCAGUGAUAGAUAGAACAACACCAGUUAAUAUGAUUACGUCGAUCAAAUUAGGACAAAUAUGGUUUAUGAUUUGUAUAUUGAUGGUUUGGCACAAUGCCUCAGAAACCUUGGCAAGCGAAAACAUUUCCGAUUAUAUUAGAAAAUGUUGCAUAAGUGGGCUACGGCAUGCACGAACUAUGGAUUCCUGUGAAAAUAUUGAUUCCUCCGUAUCUAUUAUACCGCCAUUGUGGCUUGGACUAUGUCACUCCACCCAGGAAGUGUGCUGUUCGCGAGAAUUGGAGCAAAAUAAUUGUGAUUUGGGUCGAUUAGCUGCUCUCAACAGAACGCGGUGCGACAAGGAAGUAAAUUCGAACUCUAAUGCCUAUGCGGGCUGUUGUCGAGCGUGUCAAGUUGGCUUGGCAGUCAAGGCAAGUAAACAGAACUGCAGUGAUCCAUUAUUUUCAUUUCUUUCUGCUAUUGAAUCCUAUCGGGCUUGCUGCUACGAAGACAGUAAUUUAAAUUCUAAAUCUGAUGAAGGAUCUCAUGUAAGUCGACAAUUAGAAAGUGACUUGCGACCUGAAGAGGAUCUUGAGAAUUCAUCAGAUGGUACGAUUGUACUAACAGACGAUGACGACAUUUGUGGAAAAAUUCCAAACCUGUGCGCUCACAUAUGUGAGAACACAUUUGAUGCAUAUCAAUGUAAGUGCCACUCCGGAUUUAAACUGGACAGCAACAACGUGACAUGCUCAUCGGAGAAAAAUAGCAUAUGUCCCGAUGGAUACUAUCUGGAUCAGCACCAUGCCAAAUGCGUUGACAUUGAUGAAUGUAGCGAGAAGCUUCACGAGUGCUCGUUGACCCAGUACUGCCACAAUACGAUUGGCAGCUAUCAUUGUCUAAAUAUAAAAUUGAGCAAGUGUCCAUCGGGAUAUCACUAUGCUGCUAACGAACUAAAAUGCAAAGAUGACAAUGAAUGCGAAGAGUCGCCGUCGCCAUGUGAACCUGACCAACAAUGCUCUAAUUACGCCGGCGGCUUUAACUGUACCUCAGCCGAGAGCCAAUCCUGCGACACAGGUUUUUAUCUCGAAGGGGGCACUUGCUCUGAUAUUGACGAGUGCAUGAAUAACACAGCCCACACGUGCCAUGCUCAUCUUCAGGAGUGCCUUAACACACUGGGUAGUUUUUCCUGCCAGUGCCAGAUGGGGUUCCGUCUCGAUACCACUCAAAAUGAGUGCGUCGACAUUAAUGAGUGUUCUAUUAACAAUCACAACUGCCUACCAACUCAAAGAUGUGAUAACACGAUCGGUUCAUAUAUUUGCACGCGUCUUCAGAGUUGCGGAACGGGCUAUACAUUGAACGCUGAAACAGGGAUUUGCGAUGAUGAUGAUGAAUGCGAACUCAAUACCCAUAACUGCCAGCCGAAUUUUGAUUGCUACAACACGAAGGGAUCCUUUCGCUGCUAUAGGAAAACAACAACAAGUACAACGACAACGACCACAACAUCAACAACUUCAACAACGGCUGCACCCACUUUCACGGAGCCAGUUUCAAGAACUCACUAUUCCAAAUAUCCAUACCCACUUUCUUCUCAGCAAGGCUACUAUGGCUCCACCAUAUCUCGAUUGCCCUGUUCCAUUGGCUUUCACAGGAAUAAUCUUGGCGCGUGUGUCGAUAUAAACGAAUGUGUUGAAAACAAUCCUUGUGGUAGCCAUCAACGAUGCAUCAACACCAAUGGUCAUUUCCGCUGCGAAAGUCUUUUGCAGUGCAAGGCUGGCUUUAAGUCAACGCCAGAAGGAACAUCCUGCAUUGAUAUUGAUGAGUGCGAGACGGGCGAACACAACUGUGGCGACAGACAAAUAUGCCGCAAUCGGAACGGCAGCUACAUCUGUGCCUGUCCGACGGGUCAUGAGCUGAAACAUUCAUCUAAAGGCGCCAGCACCUGCCAGGAUAUAAACGAAUGCGCACAGGAUCAACGUGUGUGUCCUUCGAAUGCUCAUUGCUUUAAUACCAUUGGCUCGUAUUAUUGUGAAUGCAAGUCAGGUUUCCAGAAGAAGACAAGCGACGGGGACGACAGUAACACGGCCUGCUUUGAUGUGGAUGAGUGUGAAGUCAUUCCCGGUAUUUGCCAGCAAAAGUGUGUUAACUUUUGGGGCGGAUAUCGAUGCACAUGCAAUUCAGGAUACCAAUUGGGACAGGACAACCGCACGUGCAACGAUAUUGAUGAAUGUGAAGUUCACAAGCACUACAAGCUGUGUAUGGGAAUAUGUAUUAACACUGCGGGAUCCUACCAAUGUACCUGUCCUCGUGGUUACACUCUGGCCUCAGACAUGAAUACAUGCCGCGAUACUGAUGAAUGUGCUGAUUCCGUCAAUCAUGUAUGCACCGGGAGGAACGAUAUUUGCACAAAUAUUAAAGGAAGUUUUAAAUGUACAACUAUCAAUUGCCCUUAUGGAUAUACCAACGACCCAGAGCAAAAAAACCGGUGCCGUCAAAACAGCAACUUUUGCGAAGGAGAAGACUGUUACACGAAACCAUCAGCUUACACAUACAAUUUUAUAACUUUUGUAUCUAAAUUGAUGAUACCUCCAGAUGGUAGAACGAUAUUUACUCUACGUGGUCCUAUGUGGUAUGACAAUAUCGAUUUUGACCUCAGAAUCGUGAGGAUCCAAGCUUCCAUCAACAUCGAAAGAGCAACUGAGAACCAUUUCGACACGCUAAAAAGCAACAACCAAGUCAAUGUAUUACUAAAGAGAUCCCUGGAUGGGCCGCAGGACAUUGAGAUGGAACUGAGUAUGACAGUGUUUACCAACGGAAUGCCUCGUGGAAAGAGUGUCGCAAAGCUAUUUCUCUUUGUAUCCCAGCACCCAUUUUGAAGUUGUCCGAUACAUGCUAUAUCAAAUAGUAUACAAUACCAAGAUCUUGCUUGAAGGACUAAAAAGCUGUUAUACGGCGGUGUUUUCCGUGACGCACCGUAGGGAGAGUCUGCGCGCGGGGUUUUAAUUAUCCUUUCAGUUAUUCUUCGUCUCUGACCGUGGCCCGCUGCAUACUCAGCUUCGUUUGUUCAGCUCGUCUGGACAGUCAAGUCGGUCCCAAAAUGCUACAAAAAAUUCAAAGGAAAUACGUACUUUUUGAUCCGAAAAGUUCGAGCAACAAAUAGUCUUUGGAAACGCGCAGCACUCGUCCCCUCGCAGAAGAAAAUGGUUCAAAACGGAAUGUCCAAAAAAAUGUUUGUAAAAAUACAAGAACAAGUUGUAUGUUUUGGGCAUGAAAAGGAAUAUUUUCUCCGCGCCGCCAUUGACGAACAGACCAAGCAGGCUGAGAUGCCGCGGUUAGAGGCGAAGGAUAACCUAAAAGAGAAUGUAA